CCAAAGUAUCGAGAAGUCCUGGCUCCUAGGGUUUUUCCAAUGUUUUGUAACCAAUAUAUUUUGAUGUCAGCUUCCUCGGCUCGGUCAGUGUUAAGAUAAGGAGUGCCAGAUCUUCUUCAGGCCCGUCCACCUUCGACUGACAAUGUCAUCACUUUUGGCCGUACGGGUGUUUUUUUGAGGCUCAGCCCUUAAAAGUGCUCCCGCCUCAGGGCCGGACUUGCAAAAACAUUUACUGAAAGCUUUCCUUACCAGUUUUCUAAAUUCUUCCUGUUUUUUGAGAUGUCGCUUCCAGCUAAUUAUAAACAAAUUGCCAUGGGAUCAAUGCCUGGGCCAAAUCAAUUGCUGUCAGCCGGACUGCCAAUGGCCUUCAACAUACUUAAAGAAAGGCUUAGAGCUUCAGGUUCUGGAGGAAAUAGUACAACUAAAGAGAGCACUAAUCAGUCUCCUUUUAUCUCAACACCUCAUGGCCAUCCAGGAUUCCAUCCGCAAAAAGUGGGCAAGGGAUCUGCUGGUGACUCAAGAGCACCUAAACCACCGAAACCACCAGAAAAACCUUUAAUGCCUUACAUGAGGUAUUCGAGAAAAGUCUGGGAUCAAGUUAAAGCUCAAAAUCCCGAGCUCAAAUUAUGGGAAAUAGGAAAAAUAAUUGGUCAGAUGUGGAGGGACUUGCCCGAUGAAGACAAAACUGAAUAUGUUGAAGAUUAUGAAACAGAAAAGUUGGAGUAUGAAAAAACAUUAAAAGUAUAUCUCAAUUCACCUGCUUAUUUGGCAUAUGUUGCAGCGAAAGCUCGUGGCAAAACAGCUCAACAAACAAACGAUGACAGGGAGAGCCACGAUCGCACAUCAGGAAGUAGUAAGCAAGACAGACGUAUUGAUAUUCAACCAGCAGAAGAUGAAGAAGAUCCUGAUGAUGGGUUUUCAGUGAAGCAUUUGGCAUAUGCUAGAUAUCUACGAAAUCAUCGUCUUAUCAAUGAAAUAUUCUCUGAUACAAUUGUCCCUGAUGUCAGAUCAGUUGUCACUACGGUUCGGAUGCAGGUGCUGAACAAACAAGUUCAAUCACUCACAAUGCAUCAGAAAAAGUUGGAAUCCGAGUUGCAGCAAACGGAAGAGAAAUUCGAGGCUAAAAAACGAAAGUUUGCUGAAUUGAGCGAGGCCUUUCAAGAGGAGCUUAAAAAGCACUGCCAGCGAGCUGUAGAUGAUGAGACGUACAGCAAAAUGGUAGAGCGUCAGUAUGAAAUACUAAAAAAAGAACGAAACCGUGGUCCUGGCUCUUCUCAAGAAGACACUAGGAAAGAAGAAAUUGUUGGCACCAAUGGUGGCAGUAACAGUCACGCUUCUGCUGCUGAACCCGUUGUGUCGACACCAGCGACAACUCCAGAACAGGAUGAAGGAUCUCAAGGAAACCAACAAGAGAUGCUAGUACUACACUACAUCCAGCCCAUAGAGGGUGACCGGCAAGUCAUCAAGGAUGAUGCCGUAAAAGAGGACGCAAAGAAUGGGGUUUCUAAUUCGUCCGCUCCCAUAUUAUUAAAAGAUGUGCCAAACAAUAACCUGUCGUAUGGAGGAGUUCAACCAAUGAAUCCAGGAUAUCAGAACCAGUAUAGCAGCGGAUACGCAAAUAGCCAAAGCAAUAUGUCUACAAAUGUGCCAAUGCAACAUAACCAAAUGCCUCCUCCUACCCCGUCCCAACCGUAUUAUCCUCCACAACAGUAUUCUUCCAAUGCCCGACAUCAGUAUCCUUAUCCUCAGCCUCCAUUUUCCCAAUAUGGAAAUGCCCCACAUUCGUAUUAUCCCUCCUACCAAUAUCCAUCACACCAUAUGCAAGCUCCUAGGCCACACCAUUACAUGCCACCUUCUGAAACCCAGUCUCAAGGACCGCAAGGAUCUUUAUCCACAGACAACAGACAAGAAGAGACAGAAGAGUGCAGUAAUGAUUCAUCAGCGAUGGGGCGCUACAACACAAGUACAAUUCCAAACGAUUCUCUAUGUAAUCAACCGAAAAAUCCUCUGAGUACUAUUGGGCCCACGUCAAGCAAUAGGCCUUUUCUGCAAGGCCCUCCUUAUACCCCAGUUGAAGAGAAACGAGGAGUUACCAUGAGUGCGGAAGAUCAGCAACAAUCAUCGAUGCAACAGCAUUCGCCCAUUCAACAGUCUUCAGGACAGCAACAGCAAGUGCAACAACACCCUCCUCCACCAACUCCAACUGUUAGUGAUCAACAAGACUCACUGGAAAAGAAAGAUCCUGUGUAACAUGUUAAGUAAGGUGUUUUAAUUAGUAAUAAAAAUCCCUUAUCCUGAAUUUAGUACAAAAAAUGUUUUGGGUUUAUAUAAAUUAAAACCUGGUUCUGGACAUGCAUUAUUCGUUUUUAAUUACAACCAAACGCGCUUUUUAUUUUAUGUUCUCUAAGGAUUAAGUACUCGAUAUUAUAUGAUAAAACGUCUGUUUUAUGGUGUGUUUUGCAAUACAUAUCAUUGUUUAAUGUGUAACUUGAUAAAUUUUAAACUCUAGUUUUGUACAUUUGUUACUUAUUUUGUACAUGUUGAGUUAGAAUAAGUGUUUAUAAAACUACUAAAUGCUGUUUUUUUUGUGUGUGUUUUUUAAAAUAUAAAUAAUUAAAGUGUAAUUAUUUGUUUUAUAGGACAUUAAUUUAAUAGUCUGUUAUUUUUGGUGAUAAAAUGAUUUAUAAUGUAUUGAGGUAGAGUUCUUAUUGAUACAAUAACCGAAAGAAUAAAUUGGAAAAUAACAUUA